AUGCAGCAAUUUCUUGUUGAGCCCAUACAGCAAUUCGCUGGAGCGAAUACGAGAAUCAAAAAGCCAACUCCUCUCGACAACGAAUCACUGAAAUAUUACUAUCCACCAUUCUUCAAUGUUCCCGGUCAUCAAGAUAGCAGAUUUCCUGUUGACCUGUCAAAAGGAUACAAGUCUUUUCGGCAACGAGAUGACAGCGGCGAUGAGCACCUAGACGGUCUUCUUGACACUCUUGUUGAGGCUGAGAAACGCAGUGGCAAGAAGACCGAAGUCGAUCUUGUGACAUGGAGAGGCAUGAUGACCAGAUGUAGGCAAUGUCUAUCAAACAAAACCACUGGUAAAUCAAGAACUGACCAUGGCAUGUCGCAACAGNNAUACAUCGAAGAGAACCACGCAUACAAGGCUGCAUCAAGAGAGGCACAGAAGGCUCGCUUCUCACGGAAUAGAGGUCCACCGCAAGAUAUGGCCAUGUAUUGGGAUGGAGGUGAGGAACAGCAGCUGUCUGACUGCGAAACAAGACUGACACGAUGCNNAGUACUCGGCUACAAACCCGAUGAUCCACAAGCGCCCGCCAGAUGGGUAGAGCUCAAGACAUCCAAACAACCAGAACAUGAGCGCGAUCGCUGGGUCCUUGACAAAAAGCUCCUCAAAUUCUGGGCUCAGUCUUUCCUGCUAAAUGUGCCGAAAAUCAUCAUCGGCUUCCGAUCGCGAGAUGGCAAACUGCUAAACAUCGAAGAGCUCAGCACACAGCAAAUUCCAUCCAAGGUCCAACAGCGAGGCACGUACAAGUGGAACGGCAACAUCUGCAUCAACUUUACAGGCCAAUUCCUCGACUUUCUCAAGCAGACAAUUGUUGGCGAAGGUGUGUGGAGAAUUCGAAGAGAAGCCAAAAGUACAGCGAUUGAGGUCUUCAAGGUCGAGGAACAGGGGACGGGGAACAUUCUCACUCAGAACUUCAUCGACCAUCGGAACAGGCUCCUUGCUUGA